AGAAAUCAACUGCAAGGGCUGUCCCCCAGGAAGUUUCUAUAACAACAGUUUGUCAGAGAAUAGAUGUCAACCACAUACCAAUUGUACUGUUAUAGGAAAGCUACUCAAGACACAUGGUAAUCAUAUGGCUGACAACCUUUGUGAGGAUUUCCCAAUAACCGUUUAUCCAGUACGAAAUGAAUUCCAACAUAAAACUCAAGAAAACUCAUGGAACCAUAUCACUUGGAUAGUAGCAACAGUCUGCAUUGUAUUCGCGGUGGCAUUGGUGAAGUCAGCCAUUUGUGGAAACCUUAAGCAGCAAGGAGUGAUGCUGAAGAAUGCAAUCAAGAAUAUCUGCUUUUGUGGACCAAGUAUCUUCAUGUUGAUCAAUAGGAAGUCAACCACAAGGAAAGAUGAGGAAUAUCCCCUUGGAGUUCCAGAACAGUGCAGUCCAGAUGAAAAGCCCAGCAGUCUGCAUUCUAGCGUGGGAAUCCAUGUGCAGUUAACCAUGACACAAAGUCAAGAUAAAACCCUGGAAUACAUUAAAGACACUACACUGGAAUGUCAGGAUGAUACCACGCUGGUAUACAACAGUCGUACAACUGUGGACUACAACAGCAAAACAGUGACUUGGGAGGCAGAUUCCACUACUGUUAACAGCCAAAAGGAAGAUGAUAUCCCAUUCCCAGUACAGGAAGCUGUAAAGGAUAAAACUACUUCCUGGUUAACUGUCAUAGACACUGAAAAGUGUCCUGAACCCAGCAGUGAUGAAGUACCGACUGCAUACUGGAUACCUGUUUGAAACCAUGAGAUCAUCUGUUGCAACAGAAGUGAACAUCCUUUCAAAAGAUACAUUUGCUGGGCCUUUGGUAGAUUUUUCUCACCAAAGAAAUAAUCCAAGUGUACUUUGUGACUUAAAGUACUGGAAGAAGCGUUCUUUAAUGGUGUGUGCUAUUGUGAUUAAAAUAAAUGUAUAUGAAAUGCAAUGAUAUUUGAAUUUCUUAGUUACAGAAGUGAUUUAGAUGCAGUCUAGCGGCAAGAAAUAAAUGAUAUCCACAGGUUUUCCUGUUUGCACUUGUUUUGAAUAGUUACUGCUAGACUUUGGUAAGCGAUAUUUGAAAUAACAACAUGCUAUUUUGUUGGUUCUAAUACAUAUGAGACCUCCAUAAUGUAGGUUAAUCAUGGACACUGAGGUACAGAAAGCUGUUACCGGCUAUGGUGCACUGUCUUUCUGUCAUGGACAGGUGGGAAGAAACUACUUUUGGUGAUGCAGCCUACAGACAGCCAUACUAAAUACUUGCAAAGAAAGAAAGAAAAAAGGGAGCCUUGGCCUAAUAUUAAAGGUACUUGCUACACAAACAAGCCAGUCUCCUUGAUUUUGUUCUGUGAAAACUCUCUUCUCUUCCUUCUCUUUUAUUUUUGUUUGUGUUGCUACACUUUCCAUAUCAGUUUCCAGAGACGCAACUAGCCUCAUCACAGAAUAUUUUAGGAGGCAGAGCAGAAGACACAAGAUGGGAUGAAAUAUUUGUGAAAAGCUCCUAGAUAUUCCUGAUACCUCAAAAGAGAAAAUUUUAUACAGGUGUUUAUCAGCUGUGGUCCUAAAUGGAGAAAAGGCCAUGUGACACUCUAGUAUUUAGAUGAAUGGCUUGCAAUGUAAUAUACAGUUGAUGUAGACUGUGUGUUAAGUCUGUGAUGUGCAGUCUUUAUUCUGUAUUCUCUGUUGAUGAUUUAAUAAAAAUCGUUUUAAAAUAA